CAAAUGUUAUGACGUUUUUUUUGUCGGUUGCUUCGGUUUUAUUAAUCAGCCGUGUCUUCAACAAGAAACGUUUUGUUUUUAACCGAAUCAUACAAGCAUUUUUGAAUCUUUUGAAUAUGGCUGGAUCAAACCCAGAUGUGAUUCCCGUCAAUGAGGCGAAGCGAUUUGUGGCCGACUGCUUUCGUUCGUUGAAUGUACCACAGAAGCAUGCUGACCUAAUGGCCAAUUUAUUGAUAGCAGCUGAUUGUCGCGGUCACUUUAGUCACGGUAUGCAUCGUCUUGAAAUAUAUUUGCACGAUAUACAAACUUCGAAGACUGACGGUGCUGCGGUCCCGACAAUUCUUAAGGAAUCACCAUGUACUGCCUGGGUCAAUGGAAAUAACGGACUCGGUGCAGUUGUUGGCCGUUUCUGUAUGGAUUUGGCAAUAAAAAAAGCGAAAGAAGUUGGCAUCGGAUGGGUUUGCGCGAAUCAUUCCAAUCAUUACGGAAUUGCUGGGUGGUAUAGUAUACAAGCUCAAGAACAAGGUUUGAUUGGAAUAUCGAUGACGAAUGGCGGUGUGAUAUUGUGCCCAACACGAGGUAAAGAAGCCGCACUUGGAACAAAUCCAAUCAGCGUAGCAGCACCAGCAAAUAACGGAGAUGGUUUUGUAUUAGAUAUGGCAACGAGUGCGGUUGCUUUUGGAAAAGUCGAAUUACAGCGACGAAAACAGUUACCAAUUACAUCUGGAUGGGCUUUGGACAAAGACGGCGAUGUUACUACCGAUGCAAAAAAAGCGUUUGAAGCAGGCAUGCUUCUACCUUUGGGAGGUUUAGAAGAGACAUCAGGAUAUAAGGGCUAUGGCUUAUGCGGUAUGGUGGAAGUGAUGACUGGCAUUCUAUCUAACGCCAAUUUUGCAACAAAAGGAAGAAAGUGGUCAUUGGAUGAUUCAAGCAGUUCUGAAGCAAACAUUGGCCAUGUAUUCAUCGCAAUUAAUCCCAAUUGCUUUGCUCCCGGUUUUACGGAUCGAAUGACCGAAAUGAAUGGCAUUCUUCGUAAUGUACAACCUGUGAACGAAGAGAAACCAGUUUUGGUUCCAGGAGAUUUAGAACGUGCUUAUAUGAAAAAGACGGACGAAGAAGGUGGCAUUCGUUAUCAUGUUAAUCAACUCAAAAAUUGCGAUCAAAUUGCUGCGAAACACAACGUUUCUAAAAUUGGAUCAAUGUAAAAUUGUGUUCUUGCCAUAUUCAAUACUUUCAAUGGAGUAAUAUGUAUUCAGAUUGAGAAGGGGGUAGAAGCUGACAUCAAAGAUAUAAUAUAUAGACAGAAUAUUCUGAACAUAUUCAUUGUUAUUUAGUUGGUCACAGAGCAACUCAUUUUUUUGUAAAAAUUGACAUCGG